AUGAUGGAUGGCGCGAGGCUGUCGGCCCAGUUGGACGAGCUCCUCUCGAGCCAGCCGAUGUCAGUCGCCGUUCCCCCUCCGCUGCUGCUCCCACUGACCCUGUCCUCCUCCCCAAGCACCCGGCUCGAGAUCUCCCCCUCCGGCCUCCCGCCCGCCGCCGAGAACGCCCACCACCCCUUCCUGCUCUGCGGCGCCGACCAGCUGGCCAUCCCCCAGAAACCACUCGCCCUCAUCUACGCACACGCCUCCCAGCGCUUCCACCGCCUGUACGAUGCCAGCAAGACCGAGGACCCACACACCGCCCGCGACGCCUUCCAGCUCACCCGGCUGCUGCUCAUCCAGAACCCAGACCAUCUCACCGCGCUCUCCGUCCGCAGGAAGCUGAUCAUCCCCCAGCAUCCCGACCGGCUCCCCAGCGAACUCGAACUCACCAGGCUCCUGCUCUCCAUCCCCUCCCACGCCAAGUCCACCGCGCUCUGGUUCCACCGCCGAUGGGCCCUCCACCACCUCUUCCCGCCCACGCCCACAACAGGACGACCAGGAUCUGAGGCCGCCGACUUGAUCUACAGACCUCUGGCUGAGCUGCCGGCCCCGCUCGUCCAAGCCGAGCUCGAAUUCAGCCUCACCACCUGCGAGCUCUACCCGCGCAACUACUACGCCUGGUUCCACCGCAAAUGGCUCGUCUACCAGCUCGUCCACUCCGCCGAUCAAUCAGCGACCGCUGCCGACGAGGCACUCGAGGCCGAACGCGCCCGGAUCCUGCGCUUCGUCCGCCUCCAUCCGCGCGACCACUCCGCCGCCAACUACAUCUCCUUCCUGCUCUCCUGCUCGAUCGCCCAACCAGGACCCCUGUUCAUCCGCUCCUGCCAUGCCGCCUUUGCCGCCUAUCCCGAGUACGAGUCCUCCUGGGCCCUGCUCAAGGCCCUCGUCCUCUCCAACACCCUCUCCCCCGCCCAGACCCGCGCGCUCAUCCAGGCCAGCCCCGCCGCCCAAACCCUCCGCCUCUCUCUCCAAACCCCUGUGCCUGCCUCUCACCACCCAGCAGUAGUCACUCGCGCCCAGUCUGCGGCCACAAUCACCCUGGCUGACCUCCAUGCCGACGCUCUCCGGCGCUCUCAAGCGCUCUGUCUGCGGACCCUCUACUUCUUGGGCUGCCAUUUCAAGUGGAUCGAGUGGACAGACGAGCUGGCCCAACGCAUCCUCAAAUCCUCCCUCCAUCCUUCUUCUUCCUCCUCGGAUUCACUUCUUCCCCAUUGUCUUGCUAUCUCUUCCUUAUCCGCCGCUGAUCUCGCCGCGUUGAAGACCCUCAUCGACCGCUUCUUUGCUUGA